AUGCGGUAUGUCCCACAAGCUUUUAGAAACCUCUCCAGCCUCACCAGGCUGUCCCUGGAGGGCAACCACAUAGAAGCCAUUGGCAGAGAUUCCCUGAAGGACCUGGAAACCCUGUAUGAUCUGAAUCUCAGGAAGAAUCGGAUAUGGAUCAUUCAAAAUGGCGCUUUUACAAAGCUUCUCAGAUUGGGCAUGUUAAAUUUAGGACACAACUUCAUCGCUGAUUUGCCUAAUCAGCUUUUCGACGGAUUGAUCCAGCUCAAGACCAUGCACCUUGAAGCCAACAGAAUCACUGCUGUCGACUGCACCUUCAGACAUCUGCUGAACUUGAGAAACUUGUACCUGAACAACAACCAGAUCUCCUCGAUCUCAGACUCCGCUUUCUUGUAUUUAAACAAGCUGCACUUCCUUCACCUGAGUAAGAACAACCUCAGUUCUCUCCCCAUCCGCUUGUUCGCUGAGCUGCCAAAACUGAAGUACGUGUUUUUAUCCCACAACCCCUGGAAAUGUGACUGCAAGAUGCUUUGGUUCUGGCGGUGGACUGCAACACGCAGGGGGUCGAUCAAAGGGCUGCACUGUGCCUUCCUGGGCCCUCGCAACACGACGGCGCUUGAUGUCCCCCGUGCAGGGGACCUGACGGACUGCACGGUGCCACCUGAGCUGGCAAGUGAAGAUAAGUGCAGGGUGGCCGGUACCAGUGUGGCUCCCGGACCCCCAACUCUCACCAGCAAAGUCAUCGUUCUGGCACUUGUCUGCCAUGCGUGGUAUUUUGCGAGGGGAUGGGACACCUCCAUGGCCACAUUUUGA